AACUAAUAAUAACCCGAGAGCGUAAAGUUGAAGUUUUGCAGUCAAGCAACGUAUGGAAGAUUUGGCCCAAAAGCGAAAUAGUCACAACAUAAUUAGAACGAGCGAAAGGCAACAACAAAGACGACAGCGCGGUCAAAGCUGCACAGUGGGUCGCAAAGAAGAAAUAAUGUCAAAUUGUGAUCCGAGCCCGAGGCGCGAACUAAUCAAUAUGCAAAUGCAGCGAGCACAGAUGGAUAUAGAGAGAUAUGUAGAAAACAAAGUUGUGCGUAAGACUGAUUGAAUAGAUGCGUAACUACGUCAGGGGGAUUAUGCUAAUGUUAAUUUAAUGCUCUCCCUUUCUCUUUGUUUUAAGAGGCAGCAACAGCAUCUAAGGCCAAAAAGAAGUGGAGCAGCUAUGUAUAUUAAUAUGAGUAUUAGAUGGUAUUUGUAAACAAAGCUACGAUUUCCAUGCACACCUAACGGCUUUUAUGUCAUUUGUUAAUAAUAAUAAAAAGCCUUAGCAAUUCGCCAAGAACAAGAAAUAACGUCACGCCCACGAAGCUUGGCCCUGGGGCAGUGUAUAAAUCAGCAGCUUAUGGUUGUAAAAAUAGACAAAUUCAAAAGAAUUCAUAGACACGCGCUAAUGUCAUGCCCAUACACACACACACACACACACACAUACAUAGACGGAGACAUUCAUAGAAAUGUUCAACUCUGAUCUUGCUACAUGCCUAAUUUCAAUUCAUGUUGACCACUGUGCAAUGAGGCCGUAAGGUGAGGGGUUGAGUGAGGUGAGUGUGCUCUGGUGUGGGGAGGGGAGGUGAAGUACAGUGUCUUGUAAGCACCUGUUGUAAACGCAACCGGCUCACUGUUGAGUCUUAUUAGAAGCGGCGGCCGCUGGAACCGGAAAGCAAAGAAAAGACCAAAUAAAAUAUAUGUAGAGAGAGAGGAAAAAUUAAAUAAAUAACCGGUUGAUGUGAAAAUGAAAGAAUUACAUUUUCGUCUUUGGUGUAUUACUCAUGCUUGCAUUUGUGCUUUUUCGUGUUUCCACAGUUUUCCACUUGCCACUUCGAUAUUUUUGGUGAAAUCAAUGCGUAGAAGAAGAAAGUGAAUCGAGCUCUCUGUGUGUGCUGCGCGCAAAGGAAGUUUGCGGCGAAAAGUGAAAACUUAACCUGAACCGCAUCGCCAAAAAUAAGAAAAGAUAAAAAACUCAAACAAAUUACAAUAAUAAAAUAAUAGCACGCAAUUGCUAUUGCGCUAAACUGGUCUUGCUGCAACAAACAACAAACCGCUUGUUACACCAACAACUGGCAGCCUCCAACUCCAAGCGCCAGGCCUUCACUUCACUUGAUGCGUCUGUUAAUCCAAACGGCAACGGCAACGAGCGGGUCGGCUGCACCUGCUCUACAGUCCAACAGUCUCUACUCACAGCAGUCACAGUACAAUUACACCAGCAUGCGUGAGGACGACAUCGAGCUGGCCAUUAAGGUGGUGAUAGUUGGCAAUGGUGGCGUCGGCAAAUCCAGCAUGAUCCAGCGCUACUGCAAGGGCAUCUUUACAAAGGACUAUAAGAAAACGAUUGGUGUGGAUUUUCUGGAGCGUCAAAUCGAAAUCGAUGGCGAGGAUGUGCGCAUUAUGCUGUGGGAUACGGCGGGCCAGGAGGAGUUCGAUUGCAUAACCAAGGCGUAUUAUCGUGGCGCACAGGCAUCGGUGCUGGUGUUCAGCACCACAGAUCGUGCCUCUUUUGAUGCCAUCAAGGAGUGGAAACGCAAGGUGGAGAACGAAUGCAACGAGAUACCCACUGUGAUAGUACAGAACAAAAUAGAUCUUAUUGAGCAGGCGGUGGUGAGUGCGGAUGAAGUCGAAACGCUGGCCAAGAUGCUCAACUGCAGACUCAUACGCACUUCGGUGAAGGAGGACAUCAAUGUGGCAUCGGUGUUUCGCUACUUGGCCACCAAAUGCCAUCAGCUGAUGACGCAGAGCUAUGAGCAGGCCACUGCGCCCGGCGGCAGCGGCAGCAACAGUCAACAGGGGCAUAUGCCCUACAGCAGCACGCCCAACAUCAGCGCCUUUAGCCCCACCUUUACCAAGUCCAGCAAUGGCACCAUUGUGCUGCGUCCAGCCAAGAAGGGCAGCGGCUCCAGUGCGGCGCGGAAGCGCAAGAUUGUGCUCAAGAAAUGCGGCAUAUUGUGAGUGCCCAAAGCUAGAGACGAAGUAGAUGCAGAGUAGGCGGUGUGGAGAACUGUACAGUUGUUGAUAAUUAAUAACUGGAGCAUAUUUAACGCUCAAUUAUUUUGAAGCCCAAAAUGAAGUCGUGGCCAGCCAAGCGUUGGAUGCAGACAGCAGCCAUUCACUAGUCCAUGCACUGUCUGUGCACUGGGAGUGGAGCGAGAGACAUAUAUAUAACUCAUUAUAAACUACUGCUAAGAAAAUCAGCUAAUGCCGCUGUGGAAGAAGAAGUAAUUUGUUUGCGUAUCGACAAAAGCUGCACAACGUUAAUUAGCCUAAUUACCUAAACAUAGAUAUGAUGUACGACUUUUGCUUGUAUUAUGCCCAAUUUUCUUUAACGGAGACUGAUGCAUCAUUGCCCCUUCAAUAUGCUUACGUGUGUGUGUGUGUGUGUGUGUGUGAAUGUGAAUUAUGCAGAUUAUAGAACCUAAAAAUUGCUAAUCCUACACUCUUACUCUAACUCUAUUAAAUAAACUUCUUUUAGACACGCCACACUUGCUCGCUGGCAUGUGAAAAUCCUUGGCGCAUGUGCAAUUUAUAGUUGAGCUUAACUAACUAAACUAAGCGCAUGUUUAAGCACAAUUAUGUUGCAGAGUGUAAUAUAUAAUUAAGCACAGCAAGCAUUAAGCAAAAGAUCUGCAUGUGAAAACAGAAACCCCAAAUAUAUGAU